UAUUUUGGGUCUGGAGGGGAUUUUCAGCUCCAGAUGUUCAGUUUCUAUUGCUAAAAUCAGAGCAUUAUGUGAGGUACCAUGGAGCGCGGCAGACAACUCGGGUCCAUUCUGAUCCUGCUCGGGGCUGUGAUCGGCACCAUCUCAGAUGGGAUUGAAGAAGUGAGACUCGUGGGGGGAUCUGGUCCAUGUGAAGGGAGACUAGAGGUGAAGAUUGGGGGAGAGUGGAGCACAGUGUGCGAAGAUGACUGGGAUGAGAAGAACACAGAAGUGGUUUGUAGACAGAUGGGCUGCCCCCGAGGAUCAGGGCAUGAUGCUCGGGUGUCCUCAUUCGGUGCCGGGACUGGGACAGUCUGGUUGACCAGUGUGACUUGCAAUGGACAAGAAGAAACUCUGAAUCACUGCAAAUAUUCCACUGAAUCGGAAGACAUCUGUCACCACAAGAAGGACAUCGGCAUAGUCUGUGCAGGUGGUCCUCAGGAACUGAGACUUGUGGGAGGAACCAACGCGUGUGAAGGGAGGCUGGAGGUGCGUCACCAGGGCGUGUGGGGCACAGUAUGUGGUGACUAUUGGAAUGACAAGGAUGCAGCAGUUGUUUGCCGCCAGUUGGGCUGCAGCACCCCCGGCGCUCGAAUGAGGGCAGUAUCAUUUGGUCCUGGAGAAGGGAAGGUUUGGUUCAGUAAUGCUGUCUGUACUGGAGAAGAGUCAAACCUGUGGCAAUGCAAGCACCAGAUGUGGGGACAUCCAUUCUGUGACCACGAACAGGACGUCGGCGUUAUGUGUGCAGGUGAACCAGAGGAGAUCAAGCUUGUUGAUGGAAAGAAUGAGUGUGAGGGAAGGCUGAUGGUCCGCCAUGAGGGACAAUGGGGAACAGUGUGUGGCUAUUUCUGGGGUGUCAAUGAGGCCACCAUAGUUUGUAAACAACUGGGAUGUGGUGGCACCCAUGAAGAUGAAAGACAAGCCAAGGUGGCCAGCUUUGGAGCUGGAUCUGGAAAGGUUUGGCUGAGUCACGUGAAAUGCUCUGGCGCAGAGUCGGCUAUAUGGGAGUGUAAUCACCCGAUGUGGGGAAUCGAUCGAUGUGGACAUAAAAAUGACGUUGGGGUCAUCUGUGAGAAUAAAAGGAGAGGUCUGAGCACAGACUUCAGAUUAACGAACAACAGCCAGAGAUGUUCUGGAAGGGUAGAGAUGAUGUUUGCUGGAAAGUGGGGUUCUCUGUGUCACUCACACUGGAACCUCCAAGCUGCCAAUGUUCUUUGCAGACAGUUACAAUGUGGAACGGCAGUGUCAAUCCCGGAUGGCGGUCAUUUUGGGGAAAACAGUCUUCUCUGGACAGAUGAGUUUUACUGUGAAGGCACAGAGUCCAGCCUCAGGGAAUGUACAAAGACAACACUGGGGAACAGUGUGUGUCCAGAACAAGCCACAGCAAGCGUAAUAUGUUCAGGUACCAUGGAAACUCUACGUCUGGUAGGGGGUGCAAGCCACUGUCAUGGGAGAUUGGAGGUCCUGCAGGAUGAUAUCUGGGGCCGUGUGACAGACCAUCAAUGGGACAACAAGGAUGCACAAGUUGUGUGUAGGCAGCUACACUGUGGAGAAGCAAUUGAUUCAUUCACUUUAAUGGGACCAGCACAUGAAAUUAUACAGUGGGACAGUCUCAUAUGUCAAGGAAGUGAGAUGGACCUAAAAGAGUGUUUGAAGACCCAACCCCAGUCUUCAGCUGCCUCUACCGACCUUGGUAGAGAUGUGGGAGUCAUCUGCUCAGAGAGUCAAAGUGUUCAGCUGAUGAACGGCCCUGCACGAUGUGCCGGGACAGUGCAAAUUUACCACCAAGGAAAAUGGUCAAUGGUCAGUGGUGACACAUGGACAUCAGUCAAUGCUGAUGUAGUCUGCAGGGAGCUGAAGUGUGGCCAUCCCAUUAACGUUACCACCAUGGUCAUGCAUGGAGCUGGGAAUAUAUGGCUGAAGGGUUUAAGAUGUGCAGGACAUGAAAGCAAAUUAUGGGAAUGUCCCUCAAGCUCUUGGGAAAUGGUGGACUCAGAAGAUAAGGAAGCUGCACGACUUGUGUGCUCUGAGUUCAUAGACCUUCGCCUGGUGGGAGGAGGUAACAGAUGCGAAGGACAGCUUGAAAUUUACUAUAAUGGAAGCUGGGGAUCGGUCUGUAAUAAUGUGAUGACGACUCAGACUGCCUCGCUGAUAUGCAAGCAGCUGCGGUGUGGAUCAGGAUUACUCUCUCAGAAAGGUGCUCCUGCCUCAGAUGUUAAUGCUGCCCCCUCCUGGCUGGAAUUUAUCAACUGUAGAAAUAGUGAUAGAUCUCUGGGCGAGUGCCCUUCCUCUCCCUGGGGCAGGAAGAUGUGUGAUGUGAAGGCUCAUAUCCAAUGUACUCAUGAGGAAUCUGACUGAUAGAAGGCCAUUGUUACCCAGAGAGAUCAGAAUCUCAAAGAGGAACAUCACAGUGUGGCAAGGAGAAGAUUAAACUACAUUCUGAAGAACCUUCUGUUUUAGAACAUUUCAAAACUACAUACCUGAGCCCCCAAAUAAACAACAAGUAGGGCCCCAACCUCCGAUCUCCAGCCACAACUGCCAUUAACCUCAUUAAACAUUAUAACCAGU